AUGUCACAGAAUGUCGAGCCUCCAAUCAUCGACUAUGCGCGCUUCUACGCGCUAGUGCAGAAUCAUCUCGAGCAUGAUCCUCUGCAGGCACUCACUUUACCCGAAAACCUGGGGUCGUUUGACUCGCUUCUUGACGAUCCGCCUGAGCUAUUCCAUAUCCAUCUUACAAAUGUCAAGGUACCCGAGGAGCGGUUGGCAAUCGAUGCAGGCGCAGCAUCAUUCCUGUCAUCCAUCGCCGAGUCGGUAAAGUACUCGCCAUCACAGUCUGAUCAAGAUCUCGGCAUCGAGAGACACCGAGUCCGACGCAUGAAACAUGAGCUACCAUUGCUACGCUCAGAGCAUGACAUCGAUGUAUUACGCUUCGCGGCCCCUAUCGUACCGGAUCUCGAAAAUGAGUUCCUACCCUUCGAGACGGCCGAUGUAGAAGAAGACGAGGGUCUUGAGUGGCCGUCUAGCUACGAUGCAUUACCGGAUCAAUUUGCCAAGAAAUCACGCUCUGAGAAGAUUGAGGCUUCGGAAGGUGACUUUCUGUAUCUGCAACAGACGCUGAAAUUUCGCUUUGAGGGUGUGGACCACGGAGCAUUGGAGGUCGAUGAGUUAUCUUAUAAGAGGAGAACUAUUCCAGAACCAGCAUCACCUCCAUUGCUACCAUUGUCGCCCAGCCCUAAACCUUAUAUACCCUCAUCGGACACCGGCCAUCUUGAUUUCCUAUCCGACACUACCAGUCCAACCCGAGAGGAAGCACGCGAAGUCGAACGAACGAUAUUUGCUGACGACAGGAUUCUACCAAUCAAGAAGCAAGAUGACUCACCCUCGCAGAACUCAGACCCAAUGUUGCUGGAGACAGAAAGCCUCGGAGAUAUCUACAGUCCCCUCAAAGGCAUCAAAAAUCCGCCCUCAUCUCCCUCACCCUUUAGAGAGCGCCCGAAGGACCUCAAGGUCGAAGUGCCGCUCUCACCUUCACAUUCUGAACAGCCUCCGCCAUGGAAGAGGAAGAGCGUCUCGUUCAGCGAGGCGUUGCCGGAGCUGAUCCCUGAGCUUCCAUUGCCGAUAACAAAGCCGGAGGAUACCUCGUCUGACGAUAUUGAUGCAUUCUUUGAGAGUACCAUCAAGCCAGUGGCUGCCAAAGCUGCGCGUGCUAUUGAGCAGGAGCAAUUGCAAGAAGCUGAUACGACACUAAGGGUCUCGGUACCUAUUAUGGACUUCUCUUUGCCAAUUGCUCCAUGGAAAGCAAAGAGCCAUGGCCCAAAAGCCAACAAUGAAGGCGAAGCAUUGAAGAAGACUUUGACCAAGAUGAAGGCGCUCCAUUUCAGCAAGCAUGUUUGGCCUACGAGCGGUGAAGCCGAGCGGGAGCUGAAGUGGGCACCCUUUCCGGUGGCACUUGGGAAAGUCGAAACCCAGGAGAGCAUCCCUGACAACGGUUUCAUCGACAAAUAUAUAGUACCCCCAGAGCCUGUGGACAUUACCACUCUGACAUGGAAGCCUAGUGGGCUGCGCAUCUUUGAUGAACUUGCCGAAUCGGAUGAAGAAGAGCUGGAAGAAGGAGACUUCCCAGAAGAGAAGGAUAUUAAUUCUCUCGUCAGGAAAAGAAAGCUCGAGCUAGAAGCAGGCGAUCUCGUCUCACCGCCGUCAGAAGACGUCUCAAGCACUGCUAAUGCUAGAAUUCAAGGCAAGCAGAAUGCCGAUACGGCCGUCGCUAAAGCCACAGGCAUCGUCAGCAAACCUACUAAAGAGACCACAAGUAAAGGAAUCAACCAAGAAGUCUCUUUCACCAACAGCUUCUCCGCGAUGAGUGCUUUAGAAGAUUAUAUCAAUGUCCGGAAAGGCCAGAUGACUCGACGAAAGGUCACAUCAGACCACCACUUCGCCAAACAUUCUCAAGCCCAACAACUCUCUGAACCAGCCGAUUUGCACCCGCCCAAACGCGUAUCUCAAAUCGCCAUACCAGCACCUGCCCAGCGCGCGCCCGUCCUCGAUGCUCCAACGCUGUCACUCCCUUCCUCUCCUCAUUUCUUUAUCGUCUCAGCCUCUUUCCUUAGGAAUCGCAGCCUCUCUCGCCAGGUACAACGCGUCUACCCGUCCGCCGAGUUUAUCGAGCGAGAUUUCAUGCUCCACCAACAAGGUCAAUUCGAGCAAAGAUCCCAAUCGAAAGUACACACAACAAGCAUGAAUUUUGGGACCAUGGCUGACGAAGCAGACGUGCUGCUCUCGCCUAGCACAGGCCUCAUCUGGACCUCCCUGCAAAAGAUCAAGCAACUCGCCUUACCAGGCCAAAUAAACAGAUCGGCCAUUCGAGAACGCGUUUCCCGAACCAGCCUACGUUACGAGAGGCUACUCGUUCUCGUCAGCCAAAAUCAAAACACAGCCCCUUCAUCCGACAGAACCAACAUCGAUAUCCAACCUCUGGACGACAAAGAUUGUACCGCCCUGGCCGAAUUCACAGCUUUCUGCUCCACUCUCCCAGACGAAGUCCAAACCAUCUUCAUAGCAGGCGGCGAAGAGGACCUAGCAAAAUGGAUCGUCGCCGCAAUGGUCAAGCACGGCAUGAACACUGACCAGGAAUUCAAGCUGCUACAAGACGAGACCCUGUGGGAAGUCUUCCUGAGGCGAGCAGGCAUGAACGCUUUUGCCGCUCAAGCUAUUUUAGCGACGCUCAAGGCGCCGGAUCGAAAUGAAAUCGACGCUGCAGGGACGCACGGGACUGAGUUUGGGCUGACGGCUUUUGCCAAGAUGUCGGUCCAGGAGAGAUUCGCGCACUUCGAGACGCUACUUGGCGGGAGGAGGUUGCUGGGGAGGGUGAGUAGGGCGUUGGAUGCGAGAUGGUAG